ACGAGUCACUCUGCUAAACACCUCCAUGUGUGAAGCUCUCUCUUUCUCUUUCAUUCACCUUUACCUCUGCGGGUCUGCUUCUAUGGCCCCUGUAAUAAGUCUAAGGGGCUGUUUUUGGAAAUGAAUCUGUUUGGCGUGUUUGUGGAUGUCUGACAGUUUCUCCUCACCAUGGCAGCAGCUGUGCCGGUGAGUUAUCACGGCGCCAUCACCAAAGCCGAAUGUGAGGCAAUGCUGGGGAAGAAGAACAAGAACGGAGCAUACCUGAUCCGAGAAAGCGAGACCAUCCAGGGGGCGAUGUGUCUCUGUGUUUACAAACAGAAGGUGGUGUAUACCUACAGAGUGCUUAAGACACACAGUGGACACUAUACUCUCAUGACUGCAGGAGGUAUUGAAGAAACACAUUUUAAGAAUUUGGAAGAUCUGAUCCGGCACUAUAAGAAGAAGAACCAGGGCCUCGCCAUGCACCUGCGGCACUCUGUCAAAAGAAAGACGGCCAUGUUGAUCAAGCAGCCAGCAGAACCACAGAGCAUGGCAGAACCACAGAGGAUGGCUGAACCUGAGGAACUUGACUAUGAGGAACCUGACUAUGCAAAUGUUUCUGACUCUGACUACGUUGAGGUCCUGCCUGAAUGAACAACUCUGACAUUUAGCUUAAACAACACGAGCAGAGUGGAAAAUACAUUUGGUAUCAAAAGCUUACAGACUGGAUCAAAUUCAGAAAUAUAAAUAAGGUUGGACAAAUGCUGAAGGAAAAGGCUCGCCUCCAGUGGAUGGACUUUUAUGCAAUUUGUCUCUUUCAUGACACCCAGAGGAUGAAUUGUUUUUGUGAAUUGCAAAAAUGUGACUUGGAGUUGAGUGCUAUUAUAACAUGCUAAGCAAAGAUGUUAAAUAUUAGCAUGUUGUCAAUAUUCAUAGUUGGCAUCUGUGUUGGAAGAAGAACUCAGAUAGUUUAAAAAUACUGCCCUCAAAAUAGUACAAAAGUAAAAGCAGACCUCAUCACCCAUUUCAGAAGAAAUUCAUAUAUAUUAUUAGCUAAAUUAUAAUUAUUGAUGGAUCACUAUCUUCAUCAUUUAGAUGAUGCAGCUGGUUAAGGACGAGCCAAUUUGAAUAACUUAACAUACUGUACAGUAUCUAAAGGUCAAAUUUAGUUUACUUUCUAAUAAAAAAAAUACAAUAUUUGUAAGUAAAGUACUUCAAAAUAACACUUUUGCAGUAUAGUAAAUAUACUUUAAAUCACUUGUUAGCAUUUAAUUCCUUGUUAAUGCCGCUGUACAUGUGUAGAAUAUAACUGUUAAUCUGCAGAGACAUAACAUGAUACUUUUUACUCCUGCUGUGAAACACUGGCUGUCAACUCAAGUUUCCAUUUGAAAACAAUCUGAAAUGUGAUUGCAAGUGCAUUUAUCAACAUUUGCAUCUGAAUCAUCAUGACGCAUGUGGAAACAUAUCCUUUAUCUCAAAGUUACCAUACUGGGAACUAGUUUCCAGUUCCAAGAAUAUUGGCCUCUGGGACAUUGCAUUUACAUGAAUCCAGCAAAACAGUGUUUGUUUUUUUAGUUACACUGCAGUAUUUCUUAUGUCAUGGCUUUUAUUUCUAUCAUGUUAUACAGUAAAGAACAUUUUGGCAUUUGUUUCCAUUCCUACAGACAUGUAGAAUGACAGGGUGGCUUGUAUUUGUUAUACAUUUACACUUUAUAAAUACUAAUCUAUUCAAUUUUCUUUUGUACCCGUAUAAUCUU